GAUGCGAAAUACGUAAGUUCAAAAGAAAGUAACUGAUGCUGUUAGUUGAACAGUGGUCGUAAAGAGACGAGGUGUGGUGUUCAAUCUGAGUUUAAAAAUGUGGAAAUAUAAUUCAGUGUGGAUAUGUUUGUCUCUGAUCCUGCCGAUUAAUAGCGCAAGAGUAACGAACUUUUACACGAAUAAAUUAGACUGCGGUCCAUAUGGUUUUGUCUGCGAUGGAGUAUCUCGAUUAAGAAUUUGUGAGGAAGGCAACAUGCUGGGUCCAGCUUUCUUGUGUCCAUCAAAUACAAUAUGCAAUGAAGAAUCCAACGAAGUUUGCGAGAAUAUUGGCAAUUAUAUCGAUCCAGUCCUAACGAAAAACGUUCGAUGCUACCGCAACGAGCGGAUAGCAGACCCAAAUGUACCUGGCUGCAAAGGCUACAUAUUGUGUAUACCGAAUAAAAAUCGCUUUCAAGGUCUCAAAUUCCAAUGCACGGGACGCACAGUUUUUAACGGCUAUACAAGGGCAUGCACCUCGCCAGACAAAUACAGAUGUCCUAUGGGAAAUAACACUUCUGUAUCAAACAAGUUUUAUUCCGAUGGUAACAAGAAGGGAGAUACACAUCGUAUUAAUGGCAAUGGAAUAGGUCAGUAUGGAACUAGAGUGAAGCCAGUCGAAUGUGAAAACUAUAACUUUGCUGUGACCGAUGACGAAGGGCCCGUGCGUGUUACAUACUUCUGCCCCCAGAGACCAGCAAAAGGAGAAUAUACCAUUCGAUGCACACUGUUCUCAAACAAUUUUUGUAUUUCAUUGGAAAAGGAUGAGGAAGAUCAAUUUUUACAAGGCGCUGGAACAGCAAACAGACGACCUCGAGAAAAUGUUUAAUUUUUUUUUAUGUUAUGACAUAUUCUCAAAUAAUAUAAGACUGAUCAUUAUGUAAAUUUUAUAAUAAUAGUACUAUUUUCUAGUAUUUCUUCAGAAACUAUUUAUUGCAUUAAUUAUUUUAUUAAGUAUGUACCUUAAUAACAUUAUUAUUAAAUAAAACCAGCUAAUUAUGUACUCAGUAAUUUAU